CCUCCUUGAACAGCCCUUGACGUCUCAUCCCAACGGUCAAAUGGACCCAAACACGCAAGCCAACUGAGCAAACAGAAGAGAUUCAAAGAUGAUGGAUUCAGACGUAAUCCUAUACGUAUCUGAGAUAUCGAAGACCCCAGAUGAUCCACUCAACCUUUUCCUUUUCCAUUACAUUCUUACCCUCCGUUGCCGCACUUUGUAUUUUGUUUGUCAGCAGCCAAAAGCUGCCAUGGGAGCAGGGAAAGAGAAAAUGGGAGGGAUGAAAAAUGGCCUGCAAUUUCGAGAAAGAAAAGCGAAAAAGGGGAUGGAGUGGAAUCAUGGUCUCUUAUUGAAAGGUCGGUAUCUUUGGGCAAGCAAGGAGAGGGAAAUGGAAGGGGAGGACGAAUAAAAGCAGAGAACUUUGUAAGAAAAAAAGGGGGAAAAAGACAACUUGGAAUUCGACCACUCAUAUGAUGCUAUUGUUCGCGUGCUUCUGGAGGAGAAGGCUUCACCUUUUUAGGACUUCGAAGGCCCACUUGAAUUACCCAAAACCCUCGCUUUUCUCCGUCGCUCCCAGUUUUUGCCCUCGUAUACUGUUGCUUUUGCUUACUAGUAACUUCAGAUGUCCUUAUUCUUCAUGUUUCAUAGUGUGUUUCUUCUCAUUCGCUUCUUGGCUCUACUUUCCUUGGAUUUUACCUGUUCGUAUAUAAGUGAAAAGGAAAUGAAAGAUGGGAUUUUUGAACCAGAAUCUGUUGGCGAAAUGGGGUUUUUAGGAAACUCAUGGGUCCAUAGGUUUUGACGUGUUUGAGGUUUUGUUUCUGGUUUGACAUUGGACUGAAAAAUUCACUGCUGGAUGUUUUCUGGAAUACUGUUUUCUGUGCUGGAUGAAAAAAAAAAUGAUCUUUUCAACUAGAAAACAAGAUUCUUGUAGUAAGAUGGUGUCGAUUGUGGCUAUCUGCUUCUGGUUAACUUCAGAGUUGAUUGGUUGAAGAUGUCAUAUACUCAACAGCAAGAAAAUAUACUGCUUUCUAGUUUACCUCCAUUUUGUUGAAUGAAAUGAAACUUUUAGGAGAGGUUCAAGCAAACGCAGGUGCAAAGAAGAUUUUAAAUUCAGAGCUAUGGCAUGCCUGUGCGGGUCCUCUGGUAUCAUUGCCACAGCCAGGAAGCCUUGUUUACUACUUCCCCCAGGGGCAUAGCGAACAGGUGUCAACUUCAACCAGAAGAGCCAUCAAUUCACAGAUCCCUAGUUAUACAAAUCUGCCAUCACAGUUGAUGUGCCAAGUUCAUAAUGUCACAUUACAUGCUGACAGGGAAAAUGAUGAAAUCUAUGCACAAAUGACGCUUCAGCCAGUUAAUUCUGAAGCCGAUGUCUUCCAAAUUCCUGAUUUUGGAUAUACAAAAAGCAAGCAACCAACAGAAUUCUUUUGCAAGAAUUUGACAGCAAGUGAUACAAGUACUCAUGGUGGAUUCUCAGUACCUAGAAGAGCUGCGGAAAAGUUGUUUCCCCAACUGGAUUAUACAAUGCAACCCCCAAAUCAAGAGCUUAUUGUUCGAGACUUGCAGGAUAACAUUUGGACAUUUAGACACAUUUAUCGUGGGCAGCCAAAGCGUCACCUUUUGACGACUGGUUGGAGCUUGUUUGUUGGAGCCAAGCGGCUUAAGUCUGGUGAUUCCGUUUUGUUUAUUCGAGAUGAGAAAUCACAACUACUUUUGGGUUUAAGACGCUCCAAUUGUCAACAAUCACCAUUGCCAUCCUCUGUCCUAUCUGCUGAUAGUAUGCAUAUCGGUGUUCUUGCUGCAGCUGCCCAUGCUGCGGCUAGCAGUAGUCCAUUUACUGUUUACUACAACCCAAGGGCAUGCCCUUCAGAAUUCAUUGUUCCUUUAGCCAAGUACCAGAAAGCUGCUUAUGCUCAAGUUUCCAUUGGAAUGAGAUUUGGAAUGAUGUUUGCAACAGAAGAAUCAACUAAAAGAAGGUGUAUGGGAACCAUUGUAGGAAUCAGUGAUUUAGAUUCGCUACGGUGGCCUAACUCGAAGUGGCGAAAUCUACAGGUGGAAUGGGAUGAACCCGGUUAUGAUGAGAAACCAGAUAGGGUUAGCAUAUGGGAGAUUGAAACUCCUGAAAGCCUUUUCGUUUUCCCUCCAAGUUUGAAAAGGCAUUGUAUUCCAGGAUUAUUGGGAAUAGAUAUCGGGGCUGGAAAUGUGAAUCAUUUUUUACAGGCUUCAGAUUAUAGAAGUGGUGAUCUACAUACCUUAAGAUCAAAGCUUAAUUCAGAAAGGCUAAUGAAGAAGGUAAUCAGACAACAAAGUUCUCUUCCUGGAAGUGAAAUUGGAUGCCAUCAAUCAGUCUUUGCAACUAUUUUACAAAAAAUCAAGGCUAGUGGCUUCCCUGCAACCUCAUCUUCAACCUUACCAACUCUCAUGGCAACACAAGGUGCUUCAUCGUAUGAAGAGGUAAUGAUACGCACAGCUAUGAGGGAGCAAAACGCAUCUCCAGGGCCACAGGAACAAAUACUUCCAUUAGACAACAACAACACUUCAGCAGAAAAUCAGAAUAUCUACUAUUGCCUAGAGCAGGAAGGUUUGUUAAUGGCAACAAAGCUAGUAAACCAGUUUUCAACUGAAACUCCUUGGAGAAAUUGCCAAGAGUUAACUGAGCAUGAUAACAAAUGCGAAGAUGUUGCAGUUGAAGCAAAAACUGAUAUGAAGUCUGAACUUUUUUAUAAUGAAGCAAAGAAUGAAAAGAUAGAGUCUGCUCAAAAUACUGUGAGAAGUACAUCGAAUAUGAACCAACUCACAGGAAAUUAUGAAAGAUUCAGUCCUGUAACACAUCUUGGAAAUGAAAUCAAUAAAAAUGAAAACCUUGGAAAUUCUUUUGUUUCUGAGAAUAAAGAGGUUCAAGCUAACAGGCUUGAUGAUCCCCAGAUUUACCAGCAGCAGCUUGAACCAUCAACUGGAGAAGCAGCAAAUCCAUUGAAUAAGAAUCUGCCUUAUCAUGGCAGCCAAUUAUAUCAGUGCUCAGAUAAUGACGAGUUAAUUCUGCAACAAUCAUUAUACCAAUCUUUUGCACCAAACAGUUUGAUCAACUCCAGUAGACCAGAUAAUCUAUUUUUAUCUGCAGUUGAGAGUGUUGAAAGUCCUUCAGUAGGCAUAUCUUCCAUCUUGAACUUGGAAUCCCUCAAUCCAUUUGAGAAAAGCCAGUUCUCAUCUUUUUCAGAUACUUUUUCUCCUUCGUUUAUGCCUAUUUUUACCGAAGAGGCCUACGGUUAUAGAGAGAUAAAUCCAUCUGAAGCAAUCCCAGUCUCAGGAAUACUGCCAUUUCAUGCUCACAAUCUGAAAACUGGAAUGAAAGAAAAUGAUUCCCCAGAAUUAUUGAAAUUGUGUGGACUUAGAGACUUAUCCAGUGAGGGUACAUGCAGCAAUCUUCACAGUGAAUCUAGCAAUGCUGAUAUCUUCACUGAUUCUUCUGUUCCAAGUACAGUUUUAGAGGAGUUUAGUGUGGUAAAGGGCUCCAGUUUUCCUGUAACUUUAGAAGACUCAUUGGGCUGCUUUGCUAUGAACCAAGACAUCCAAUCUCAGCUGACUUCCACCAGCUUACCAGAAUUCUCUUUGCAGGAUAUUCCUGAGUGCUCAGCUGGCGAUGAUUACAACUAUUUGGGUAAUCAUGCGAUGAAACAAGCUGUUCAACAGCCAAUGAGAACAUAUACAAAGGUUCAGAAGCUUGGAUCGGUCGGGAGGUCAAUCGAUUUGAAACGCUUUAGAAAUUAUGAACAACUUAAAUCUGCAAUUGUUUGCAUGUUUGGGCUUGAAGGUCAACUUGAUGAUCCAAAUCAAUCAGAAUGGAAGCUUGUUUAUGUGGAUCAGGAGAAUGAUGUCCUUCUCGUUGGAGAUGAUCCAUGGGAUGAAUUUGUCAACUGUGUUCGCUGCAUCAGAAUCUUAUCUCCAUCAGAGGUACAGCAGAUGAGUCAGGAGGGCUUGCAGUUCAUGAACAGUUAUAUUCCAUGAGAGCCUUAAGAAGAGAGCAGAAGUGUUAUUAAACAGGAAGGGAGGCAGAAUUGGGCUUGUAGGAGUUUAUGAUGUGAAGCCUUGACUUGUUUUAUUUAGAGGAAAAAUGGACAGAAUGCUUCAAUGUGUAACAGUGGGAACUGAUAUCCAUCUAUGUGAGGAAUACCAAGAAGCACUUGCUGUA